AUGGCGACAGUGAGCGACACUCCCUCCGAAUCUGUUGCUGGUGAGAAGAAUAAUGCGACGCGACAAGCCCAUGGCCUGGCAACGCCAGAACAGACCCCAGAACCUGACACUGCCCGUCUGAAGGAAGACGAGAAGAGGCGUCAGGCUGCAAAUCAAGCCACCACGGACCAAGGACAAGGGGCAAGUACUGGGAGCCCGCCGUCUUCUGGAGAAGGGGCAGGUGGUGCCACGGAAGGGAACAAUGGUGCGACCCAGGAGCAGAUUGAUGCCGUGGAGAGAGUGAUGAAAUGCUUGCAGACGGAUUACCAACACAUCCUCGGUAUCCUAGACAAGAACCUAAGUACAGAGGACGUGAUGGCGGCCUUCAAGAAGCUUGGGUGCUUAACGCAUGAAAAAUAUAACAAGGUGAAUCAUGCCGCGGAGGCAUUUCACAGAGUCAACGAUGCGGCAAAGCACCUCGGAAUCAACGAAGCUGCUAUAGCGACGAUGAGAGAUUGGGAUGGCGUAGAGGACAAUCUCACCCUGCCAGCAAAUGACACAAGCCACGUGAGCUCCGGUGAGGCGCCAUCGAACGGACAAGACACGGACAUGGGAGGCUCCGAUCAGCCCACGAUCCCACAAAUGACCGAUGCUCACCGUCAUGCGUUCGAUGUCUCUUGGGGGCUGCUGCAAGUCCUCUCGGACAACCCCGAUGACGAGAAAGUUAUCAACGGCCUGCAAGAGGUGAACCGAAAGAUAUUGGAAAUCAACGCGGCGAAUGGCUUCCCCAACUCAGAACGAUUCGUGAUCGAUUUCAAGGUCUAUUAA